AGAGGGGGACUCGCAGCCACCUGGCAGAGCCAUGGAGGGCUGCAGGGGUGUCAGCACUGAAGAAGAGAUGGGGUCCAGGGAGGGGAACGUCAUAGCUGGAGUCCUGGUGCCAUUCAAGAACCAGAAGAUGAGCCUCUAUCAGGCCAUGAUGCGAGGUAUCCUGAGCCAGGGCACAGCACUGGUGCUGCUGGAGGCACAGGCAGCCUCUGGGUUCAUCAUUGACCCAGUGAUGAACAGGAAGCUGAGAGUGAAGGAUGCGCUCCACGCUCGAGUCAUUGGCAGCGAUUAUUAUCAGAAGCUUCUGUCUGCAGAGAGAGCCGUGACCGGCUACCGCGACCCCUGCACUGGAGAAAAGAUCUCCCUCUUCCGGGCCAUGGAGAGAGGCCUCAUCUUCAAGGACCACGGCAUCCGCCUGCUGGAGGCCCAGAUUGCCACCGGCGGCAUCAUCGACCCGGUGCACAGCCACCGCCUGCCCGUGGAGGUGGCCUAUGAGCGGGGCUACAUAGACCAGGAGAUGCGCCAGAUCCUCUCGGACCCCAGCGAUGACACCAAGGGCUUCUUCGACCCCAACACCCAGGAGAACCUCACCUACAUGCAGCUCCUCAGCCGCUGCGUCCCAGACCCCGACUCGGGGCUCCUCAUGCUGCAGCUCAUGGACAAGGGCUCCGUGCUCUUCCAGCUCAACGAGGACGCGCGCAAAGCCUUGCAGUCCGCCCGGGUGGCCGUCCACGUGGGCCUCUUCCAGGGCCAGAGCGUGUCCGUCUGGGAACUGCUCUUCUCCCGCUACGUCCUGGAGCACAGGAGGCAGGAGCUGCUGAGGAAGUACAAGGCGGGGCGGCUGAGCGUUCAGGAGAUGAUCACCGUCCUCACCACCAUCGUCACCGAGACCGAGGAGAAGAGCAGCCGGGAGCACGGGCCUGGCAAGAGCCCCAGCACCAAGCUGGAGGCAGGGCCGGAGGCGCGCUCCCCCGGGGCCGACCGCUCGUCCCGGGAAGACGGCUGGGAAAAGAGCUUGCGGGCCACCAUGGUCGACGUGCCCGCCGGCCAGUUCCGAGGGCGAAAGGUCUCCGUGUGGGAGCUGCUCUUCUCCGGGGACGUCGCCCCCGAGCGACGGCAAGAGCUGCUGGAGAAGCACAGAGCGGGCACGCUCCCCACCCAAGAGCUGGUCUCCAUCGUCAUCGCCAUCCUCCGCCGGGAGGCUGAAGUGGGAAGGAGUCGUCAAUGUGUGACCGGGAAAAGCAUCAGCAAAAGGGUGGAAACAGCAGGCAAAGCUGAGGAAGCCCAUUCACAGGAGCAAAACCUGAGGAAGUCCUUGAAGUCUGCGACCAUCUAUGUAACAGCUGGGGAGCUCAAGGGGUGCAACGUUUCCUUGUUGGAUCUCCUCUUCUCUAGACAUGUCCCUCAGGACAAGAGGCAGGAGCUGCUGGAGUUGUAUAGAUCGCGGGUGUUGACCAUUAAUCAGAUGAUAGCGGCGGUCACCUUGGCCAUCACCAGGGCAGAUGCAGCGAGCAAGAAAGGCAUGCCAGGGGUCAGCAGUCCCAACAGGGAGCCGAUGGCUGCGGACGAAGCUGCGGAUGCCAGUUCUCCACAGGAACAAGAACUGGACCACAUCUUAAAGUCAACUACGGUUGAUGGCCCUGCCGGUGAGUACCGGGGGCAAAGGGUGUCAGUGUGGGAGCUGCUCUUCUCCAAGUACAUCCCCCAGCAGAAGAGGCAGGUACUGCUGGAGCUGUACCGCGGCGGGGUGCUGCCCCUGGAGCAGAUGGGCACCGUCAUCACCACCAUCAUGAGGAAAGCAGAAGCCCGGGGAGGGAAGCUCAUGGGAGAGGAAGAGAGCCCAAGUGCUGAGACUCUCAUAGGGCUGAAGGCUGAGGACGCCCACACCCAGGAGGAGGAAGACUGGGAAAAGACCCUGAAGGUGACCGCCGUGGACGUGCCGGUCAGCGAGUUCCGGGGGAAGAAGGUCUCGGUGUGGGACCUGCUCUUCUCCAAGUACUUCCCCGAGGCGGAGAGGAAAGAGGUGCUGGAGCUGUACCGCGGAGGGGUGCUGACCCUGGACCAGGUGGUCACCGUCGUCACCAGCAUUGUGACCAAGGUAGAAGCUGCAGGUGGGAAGCUAGAGGCAGAGGAGACCAGCCCGAGCACCGAGACCCUCACAGCGCUCAACACUGACACUGCCCAUGAGGAGGGGGAGAAGAAAUGGGAAAAGACCCUGAAGGCAACCAUGGUGGACGUGCCGGUCGGAGAGUUCAAGGGGCGCAAGGUGUCGGUGUGGGAGCUGCUCUUCUCCAACUACAUCCCCAAGGCAGAGAGGAAGCAGCUGCUGAGGUUGUACCGUGACGGGGUGCUGACCUUGGAGCAGAUAACCACCAUUGUUACCACCAUUGUGACCAAGGCGGAAGCCGCAGAUGGGAACCUGGAGGGAGAAGAGAACAGCCUGGGCACCGAGACCCUCAUGGCACACAACACUGAGACUGCCCAUGGAGAGUGGGAAGAGAAAUGGGAAAAGACCCUGAAGGCAACCACGGUGGACUCACCAGUUGGCAUGUUCGGGGGGCAGAAGGUGUCGGUGUGGGAGCUGCUCUUCUCCGAGUUCAUCCCCAAGCAGAAGAGGCAGGAGCUGCUGGAGCUGUACCGCGGCGGGGUGCUGCCCCUGGAGCUGAUGACCACCGUUGUCACCACCAUCGCGAGGAAAACAGAAGCCACCAGCAGGAAGCUACUGGUGACCGUGAGAACUCGCAGCGAGGACAAGGCUGACCCUGUGCACAAGGAUCACACGGCCCACUCCCAGGAGGAGGAAGACUGGGAAAAGACCCUGAAGGUGACUGCCGUGGACGUGCCGGUCAGCGAGUUCCGGGGGAAGAAGGUCUCGGUGUGGGACCUGCUCUUCUCCAAGUACUUCCCCGAGGCGGAGAGGAAAGAGGUGCUGGAGCUGUACCGCGGAGGGGUGCUGACCCUGGACCAGGUGGUCACCGUCGUCACCAGCAUUGUGACCAAGGUAGAAGCUGCAGGUGGGAAGCUGGAGGCAGAGGAGACCAGCCUGAGCAGCGAGACCCUCACAGCACUCAAGACUGACACUGCCCAUGGGGAGGGGGAUGAGAAAUGGGAAAAGACCCUGAAGGCAACCAUGGUGGACGUGCCGGUCGGAGAGUUCAAGGGGCGCAAGGUGUCGGUGUGGGAGCUGCUCUUCUCCAACUACAUCCCCGAGGCGGAGAGGAAGCAGCUGCUAAGGUUGUACCAUGGCGGGGUGCUGACCUUGGAGCAGAUAACCACUGUUGUCACCACCAUUGUGACCAAGACAGAAGCUGCAGGUGGGAAGCUGGAGGGAGAGGAGAACCUCCCGAGCACCGAGACCUUCAUGGAGCUCAGCACCAACACAGUGCAUGGGGAGGGGGACGGGAAAUGGGAAAAGACCCUGAAGGCAACCACGGUGGACUCACCAGUCAGCAAGUUUGGGGGGCAGAAGGUGUCGGUGUGGGAGCUGCUCUUCUCCGAGUUCAUCCCCGAGCAGAAGAGGCAGGAGCUGCUGGAGCUGUACCGUGGCAGGGUGCUGCCCCUGGAGCUGAUGACCACCGUUGUCACCACCAUCGCGAGGAAAACAGAAGCCACCAGCAGGAAGCUACUGGUGACCGUGAGAACUCGCAGCGAGGACAAGGCUGACCCUGUGCACAAGGAUCACACGGCCCACUCCCAGGAGGAGGAAGACUGGGAAAAGACCCUGAAGGUGACUGCCGUGGACGUGCCGGUCAGCGAGUUCCGGGGGAAGAAGGUCUCGGUGUGGGACCUGCUCUUCUCCAAGUACUUCCCCGAGGCGGAGAGGAAAGAGGUGCUGGAGCUGUACCGCGGAGGGGUGCUGACCCUGGACCAGGUGGUCACCGUCGUCACCAGCAUUGUGACCAAGGUAGAAGCUGCAGGUGGGAAGCUAGAGGCAGAGGAGACCAGCCCGAGCACCGAGACCCUCACAGCGCUCAACACUGACACUGCCCAUGGGGAGGGGGAGAAGAAAUGGGAAAAGACCCUGAAGGCAACCACGGUGGACUCACCAGUCAGCAAGUUUGGGGGGCAGAAGGUGUCGGUGUGGGAGCUGCUCUUCUCCGAGUUCAUCCCCAAGCAGAAGAGGCAGGAGCUGCUGGAGCUGUACCGCGGCAGGGGGCUGCCCCUGGAGCUGAUGACCACCGUUGUCACCACCAUCGCGAGGAAAACAGAAGCCACCAGCAGGAAGCUACUGGUGACCGUGAGAACUCGCAGCGAGGACAAGGCUGACCCUGUGCACAAGGAUCACACGGCCCACUCCCAGGAGGAGGAAGACUGGGAAAAGACCCUGAAGGUGACUGCCGUGGACGUGCCGGUCAGCGAGUUCCGGGGGAAGAAGGUCUCGGUGUGGGACCUGCUCUUCUCCAAGUACUUCCCCGAGGCGGAGAGGAAAGAGGUGCUGGAGCUGUACCGCGGAGGGGUGCUGACCCUGGACCAGGUGGUCACCGUCGUCACCAGGCUGGCCUUGGAGCAGAUAACCACUGUUGUCACCACCAUUGUGACCAAGACAGAAGCUGCAGGCGGGGACCUGGAGGGAGAGGAGAACCUCCCGAGCACCGAGACCCUCAUGGCGCUCAGCACCAACACGGUGCAUGGGGAGGGGGACAGGAAAUGGGAAAAGACCCUGAAGGUGACUGUGGUGGACGUGCCAGCCGGCGAGUUCCAGGGGAAGAAGGCUUCGGUGUGGGACCUGCUUUUCUCCAAGUACUUCCCCGAGGCGGAGAGGCAAGAGCUGCUGGAGCUGUACCGCGGCGGGGUGCUGACCCUGGAGCAGAUAUCCACUGUUGUCACCACCAUUGUGAGGAAAACAGAAACCCAGGGAGGGAAGCUCAUGGGAGAGGAAGAGAGCCCAAGUGCUGAGACCCUCAUAGCGCUGAAGGCUGAGGACGCCCACUCCCAGGAGGAGGAAGACUGGGAAAAGACCCUGAAGGUGACCGCCGUGGACGUGCCGGUCAGCGAGUUCCAGGGGAAGAAGGUCUCGGUGUGGGACCUGCUCUUCUCCAAGUACUUCCCCGAGGCGGAGAGGAAAGAGGUGCUGGAGCUGUACCGCGGAGGGGUGCUGACCCUGGACCAGGUGGUCACCGUCGUCACCAGCAUCGUGACCAAGGUAGAAGCCACAGGUGGGAAGCUGGAGGCAGAGGAGACCAGCCCGAGCAGCGAGACCCUCAUGGUGCUGAACACCGAGGCUGACCAUGGGCAGGGGGCCGAGAACUGGGAAAAGGCCCUGAGGGCGACCGCCGUGGAUGUGCCGGUCGGCAAGUUCCAGGGACGCAAAGUCUCGGUGUGGGAGCUGCUCUUCUCCAGGCAUGUCCCCGAGGAGAGGAGGCAGGAGCUGCUUGGGAGGUUUCGAGCUGGGGCACUCACCGUGCAGGGGCUGUUCACCAUCCUCAGCACCGUCAUCGCACACGGGAACCUCGCCGUCAGCCAGCCACGCACGCUGGAUCUCCUGUGCUCCGAGGCCACCUGUGUCACGGUGAGGCCGUUCCAGGGGCACACGGUGUCCGUGUGGGACCUCCUCUCCUCCCAGCACAUCUCCGAAUACAAGCGGGAGACGUCCUUGGACACGUACGGGGCCGGCAGGCUGAUAAUCAACAAGAUCACAGUCACCACCACUGUCACAAGCAGUCCCGCGGGGCAGAGGGGGAACCGCCACCACUGCCAGUGA